AUGGAGGCCUCAGCGAGCUCCUCUCCUGAUGCAGUCGACAUGCUGCCAGCCGCUCUCUGGCUGCGAAUCUUCCACCAUCUGCACCUGCCGCCCUCCCACCCAGACCAUCCUGCGAUCUGCGGCCAAAGGCACACUCCCCGCGGUCUCGCGACGCCUAUCAUAGAGCGGACAGGUGCCCGUGAUCAGGAGCUGUUUAGCAUCUAUGCGCCCCCUGGCUGUGAGCAGUCGGGCGACCCUGCUGGGGUGAGUUUUGAGGCGCCUAUCAUAGAGAGGACGGGUGCCCGUGGUCUUGAGCGGUUCAGCAUCUAUAUGUCCCCGUCUUCUGGCAGUGAGCCGUCAGGCGGCCCUGCUGGCAGCACGCAGAGCGGAGGAAGCAGCGACCAGCUCACUGCCCAUUUCACCGAGUUUUUCCCAGUGGAUUGCGAGCCACUGGGGUUACGUGACGACGGCCUCACUGCCACUGAGCAGUGGGCCGACCCUGCUGGCAGCACGCGGAGUGAAAUCAGCGGCCAUCUCACCGGGUUCGAUAUUGAUUGCGAGAUACUGGAUUCCCGGUGCGAGGGUGGCAGUGAGGAGGGCGGAUCUGAGGAGGGCGGAUCUGAGGAGGGCGGAUCUGAGGAGGGCGGAUCUGAGGAGGGCGGAUCUGAGGAGGGCGGAUCUGAGGAGGGCGGAUCUGAGGAGGGCGGCACUGGGGAGGGCGGCACUGGGGAGAGCCCGACUGCCCGCGAGCAGUACGAGAAGAACUCCCACACCUUUGGUGCCUCGUGGCCUCUGCUCUGCUGUGCUCUCGCCAGCAAGAGGCUUCUCUAUCUCGUCAUCGCCUUCUCUGAGGGCCACCCCAUUUCGCUCAGGUACAACGCCCAGCGCCCACAGUGGAUGCGGACCAUCCGCUUCUUCCUUGCCCACCCAGGCCUGCACUCCCUUCACCUCCGCUUCUCCAAUCCCGAGCAUCUCCCCACUCUCGGCGCCUGCAUCGCUCGCAGCAGCCCCUCCCUCUCGUCCCUCCGCCUGGAGCUGCAAGGCACGGUUGACUUCAAGGAGCAGCAGAACGAGCACUGGACGCUGGGAUUUCUCAGGCCUUGCGGCCAGCUGCAGGAGUUGAAUCUGGGUCUGACCUUGGAGCGGGUGGCGUUCAAGAAUGUGAGCUUCCAGUUUUUGGACUCCAUCUCGCCGCAGCUGCACGAGUUUACACUCUACGAGGAGAGCGACCUGAUUUUUGGCCCCCGCCUUGCCUCCCACACACUCGCCCUCUCCUUCCGCUUCCGCUUUGCCAACAGCAAGCUCAAGCUCACCCUCACCGUCUCGCCUGCUCUAAAGACUCUGUCAGUGAUGGCCAAACAGCUUAGCCUCAACUGCAAGAGCACCGCCCCUCUCGCUCUCCACCACCUCUCGCUGUACGGCCAGGAGCAGCUUGUUAUCUCCUCCCUCCCCCUCGCAUCCGCCAGGGUUGCCUACUUGGACGGACCUGCAAGUGACCAAGAGGGUUUUACCAGGGCUGCUUAUUUGGAUGGGCCCAACAGUGACUCUGAGAACAGCUUUUGGACGGAAUGGCUUGGCGCUAUAGCGCCUACAGUGGAGGUGCUUAUAGUGAGGCACGGGGUGCCUAUAGAGAAGGUGGAUGCAGAGUGGACGAGGCUGCACAGCCUUGGGAUUGUCGUGCACACCAAGGGGACGCAUGUUUGGGACAGGGAGGCCACUGUGGAUAACUAUAGGUUCCUUACGGACGAUGUGAUUGGUGGAUAUUGCGACGAUGAAGAGGAUGAGGAGGAGGAUGACCAUGAUUGGGACACUCGUGAUGCUGACGAGGAGGAUGAGUGGUAUCAGCAGGCACGAGCACGUUAUGGUGCCCCCACCGGAAGCAGGCACAAGAUUCUGCAGGAGGCGAAGGCCUGUGCCAAGCCUUCGUCCAUCGGUGCUCCGAAUCUUCGGUUCCUGUUCUUCCCAUCCAGCAAGGCGAGUGACGCCGCCACACUGGCUGCACUGCGGCAGGACUACCCCGCCCUGGCGCUCUACUGUGUGGUGGACCGCUCCUUCUACUGGCACAGGAAAGGGGUGCCUGUGAGCAAUGCGCCGCUCGAGCAUGUGCAACGGACCAAGAGUGGGGUGGUGAUGACUACCGGUCGUGGCGAGAAGCGUGCAAAGAAUGUGAGGGAGAAGAUGCAUAGUGUGAACUUGACACUGGUGGAGGGGUACUGUGCUGAGGAGGAUGAGAUGUAUGCACUCACAUUGAAGGAACGUGCCUUUUAUUAG